CGUGCUGCUCUGCUACUAGCGCGCUCGACUGCUCUGCCUGCUAUGGCGACACUCAACGUUCUCACAUUCGAUUCGGAGGGCCGCCCCAUAGAGUUCGCUGCAUGGCUAGACGAUUUACAGCUCUUCCUGCUGACAGACUCUAAGGACGGUACCUCGCUGUUCGACCUCACUUAUGGCGCCUCGCCCGCCCCUGACGCCACAGCUGACAGUGCGACCCGCUCAGAGUGGCUUACCCGUGACGCUGCUGCUCGCCUAGCCGUUCGCAACCACCUGCCGUUAGCCGAACGCGCCCACUUUGGCCAGCAUAAGACAGCGAAAGCACUGUACGACGCUGUAGUCGCUCGUUACUCCUCCCCGGCCACUACUGCUCUAGGCCGCCUUCUCCUGCCCUACCUGUUCCCAGACCUGUCCGCCUUUGCCACAUUUCUCACCAAGAACCCCCCCCCCAUGUACAUCACGCUCUACUUCAUAGUCACCCGCCUCCCUGACUCUCUUACUGCAGUCAGGGACCUACUCCUAGCACUUGACCCCACCGACCUCACUGUCGACCUCCUCGAGAAGCACCUCCUAGCAGCUGAGACUAGCAUAGUCGCUGUACGCGCUUCUCGUGGCACUCCUUGCACCCCCUUCUUUGAGGGGUGUUCGCCCUCCCCCCUUCUCCCCUCAGUCACCUCUGCUGCAGCUGUUGACUACCUUCGAGCUGAGGAGGUAGGAGCUGCAUCUGCCCCUAGUGGGAGGCGCCGCAGCGGCAGGGGCAGGGAAGGCAAGGGAGGUGGGGUUGGCAGAGGUGGAGGCGGUGGUGGGGGCGGUGGAGGCGGUGGUGGGGAUGGCGGUGGAGGAGGUAGUGGUGGUGGGGGCGGCGGAGCAGGUGAGGCGGUGGUGGCGGCAGUGGGAGUGGUGGCGGCAGCGGUGGUGGGGGCGGUAGUGGCGGCAGUGGGGGUGGAGGCGGCGGCAGAGGGGGCGGCAAGGGUGGCACCAGCCAGAGGGGAGGCCUUGGAGGUGGCCAGCGGCAGCAGCAGCGUCAGCCCCUUUCGUCUCAGGAGCUCCGUGAGUGGUUUGCUCAGCGUGGGGCAGCUGGGGUAG